AUGCUGUCUUCACUGCUGGUUGUUUUGCUUCUAUCAGCCCAGUCCCGUUGCCAUGGGAACAUCUCAACUGACCCAGGUGACACGGAAUCUCCCUCGUCCCGGUCCGACUCUUCCGCCAUCCCCGGCUGCACGAGGACCACGGCCAUCGACGGUACCUUCAAGUGCAUCAACACCGUCGUGUCGUGCCUCAUCUUUGUCGUGGGCGUCGUCGGCAACGUCACCCUGUUGAGGAUCAUCUACCAGAAUAAAAGCAUGAGGAACGGCCCUAACGCUCUCAUUGCCAGCUUGGCCCUGGGUGACCUCAUCUAUAUUGCCGUUGACGUUCCCAUCAACGUAUACAAGCUUUUAGCUAUGCGCUGGCCCUUUGAGGACAGCCGCUUUGGUCUCGUCCUAUGCAAGCUCUUCCCCUUCCUCCAGAAAGCCUCGGUCGGCAUCACCGUCCUCAACCUGUGCGCUCUCAGCGUGGACAGGUACCGCGCAGUGGCAUCCUGGUCACGGUUACCGAGCAAGGGCAUUCCCACGGCAACGGCGGCGGAGAUCCUGGCCAUCUGGCUGCUGUCGGCCGCUCUAGCCGCGCCCGAGGCCGUCGGCUUCGACAUGGUCACCUUUGAGUACAACAACGUUACCAUGACGACCUGCAUGCUCCGGCCCACUACGCCAUUUAUGACGUUUUAUCGGGACGUCAAGGACUGGUGGUUGUUUGCUUUCUAUUUCUGCGUCCCGCUGGCGUGCUCCGCCAUCUUUUACGGCUUGAUGACCUGCGAAAUGCUCCGACACCGCAAUGGAAGUCUGCGGAUUGCAUUGAGUGAACACUUGAAGCAGCGUCGUGACGUGGCCAAAGCCGUCUUCUGCCUGGUGCUGAUCUUCGCGCUGUGCUGGUUCCCGUUACAUCUCAGUCGCUUGCUCAAGAGGACCAGCUACAAAUCUCACGACGCACAUCGAUGUGACCUCUUGAACUUCCUGUUGGUGUUGGACUACUUCAGCAUCAACAUGGCCACCAUUAACUCCUGUAUUAAUCCCAUCAUCCUCUAUUUUGUCUCCAGGAAGUUCAAAAACUGCUUCAAGUCCUGUUUGUGUUGCUGGUGCCAAUCCAACUCCGAGCUGCUGUACAAGCACACGCAAAGCUGA